AUGGCAAGAUGCACGCGGCCGGUUUUAGGCCCAGAUAUGAUCACAUCGCCAAAGCAGGCUAGUUCUUUGGAGUAUCACAUUGGCCAGCUUUGGCGCAUGCAAGAGGAUCUUGUGCGUCAAGGUAACCUGCCUGCCAUCGAAAACUUCUACGCCAAGCGAUUUGCCGCCCUAUCUUCCUACGCUUUCAAUUCCAACGCUGAGCUAGCUUCAAAAGUUGGGGUCCCUUCUUGGGCCGGUGAAUCUUUUUACGUAUCUCCCAAUGUGCAAGUGUUUGCCUUGAACAUCGCCGUUACUUUUGACGAAUUUGUUAAUGCCAAACAUACGGAUUUUGACGAAAGCAAAUAUGCCUUUGGUUUCUUUACCCGCAUCAAUCGCAAGACUGGAAAACUUUAUUCACUUAAAAAUGAUACUUUUCAAGGUGACUCUGUUGGUGCAUGUUUUGUUUUGGAUGAUUAUAACAUUACAGUGGACUAUGAUGCAUGUGACGGUGUAGUCGAAAUGCUAUGGGCGUCCCAAAUCCACCACCACACGGCUGGAUCCAAGACCUACAACCAUAAUUCGGAGCGAGUCAUCCCCUCAAGAGGUCGAAUCACUCGUUUUGGUUGUGCAUGCCAAAUUAACAAACGCUUGGUGGAAAGAAUCAUUGAGGUUAAUGAUAUGCGAGGGGACUUGAGUGAUGAAGAUUGGUUCAAAUUGCGCAGCACUCUUCUUACUGGCUAUCCUGAAGAAGCGCGCAAAAAGUUGGCCCGCUUAGCUGAGAAGAAAGGGAUUGAUGACUUUCAUUUGGUUACUUCAUAA